AUGGCGGCCUUGGACGGCGUGCCGGUGGUCGCCGAGUCCUCCGCGGUGGGCAGGGCGCGGGCGGCGCGAACGCUGCUGGGCCAGGUGGUGCUCCCGGGCGAGGAGCUGCUGCUCCCGGAGCAGGCGGACGCCGAGGGGCCGGGGGCGGCGGGGGAGCGGCCGCUGCGGCUGACUCCCGGGACGCGCCCCCGAGUGCGCGUCGUGUGCGGGCCGGGCUUGCGGCGCUGCGGAGACCGGCUGCUGGUGACCAAGUGCGGCCGGCUGCGUCACAAGGAGCCCGGCGGCGGCGGCGGCGGCGGCGGCGGCGUGUACUGGGUGGACUCGCAGCAGAAGCGGUAUGUCCCAGUGAAAGGAGACCAUGUUAUUGGCAUCGUGACGGCUAAGUCUGGAGACACUUUCAAGGUCGAUGUUGGAGGGAGUGAACCAGCCUCUCUCUCUUACUUAGCAUUUGAAGGGGCCACAAAAAGAAACAGACCAAAUGUACAGGUUGGAGAUCUCAUCUAUGGCCAGUUUGUGGUCGCUAAUAAAGAUAUGGAACCAGAGAUGGUCUGUAUUGACGGCUGUGGAAGAGCCAAUGGGAUGGGCGUCAUUGGGCAGGAUGGUCUACUUUUUAAAGUAACUUUGGGAUUAAUUAGAAAGUUGUUAGCUCCAGACUGUGAAAUCAUACAGGAAAUAGGAAAACUCUAUCCACUGGAGAUUGUAUUUGGAAUGAAUGGAAGAAUAUGGGUGAAGGCAAAAACCAUUCAGCAGACAUUAAUUUUGGCAAAUAUUUUAGAAGCUUGUGAACACAUGACAACAGACCAGAGGAAACAGAUCUUCUCCAGACUGGCAGAAAGUUGAUCUCUGCAACUCUUAGUGGGGCAGCUGAGCCAAGAGACUGGGUUUCCUGGAAAUGUUUUAGUUUAGUUUUUGUUUUCAGAUUAACCUCUCCAUUAGUUUUUAGAAACAAGAUGUGAACAUACAUAUUGUCUUCAUAGGCUC